AUGACGGAGGUUAAUAUUGAUGCGACUACUUUCCAUAAAAGAUUAUCUAUCGUUCAAAGGAACCUCACCCAAGAUCAAAAGUCUUGCCUCCUCUUUUUAGUUGGAGCUAGAGAUGACGAAAAUACGUACAAGAAAUCGACAGUUUUGCAAACAUGGCUUUUGGGGUACGAGUUCGUUCAUACAGCUUUAUAUAUCACAGAGGACAAGUGUAUAUUUAUCACCUCAGAAGGUAAAGCUAAACACUUGAAGCAUUUGAGCAAUAAGCCAACUGCGAAUUCCAGCGAGGUUGAAAUUUGGAAGAGAACAAAAGAUGUUGAGCACAAUAAGGGACUUUUUAACGAGUUAAUCGAUCAAUUGAGCCUGAUAAGCUCAGAAGAGAAGCCGAUUGGUACCAUUUUGAAGGACCAAUAUAAAGGCAAAUUUAUAGAAGAAUGGAAGGAGGUGUCUGCUGAAAAGUCAUUGCAUUUUACUGAUUGCUCCCUAUUAUUAUCAAAGUCCAUGGAAUUAAAAGAUCUGGAGGAAUUCUCACUUACAAAAAUUGCAGCGAAGUGCUCGGUUGUUAUGAUGGAUAACUGUUCUGAUGAAAUUAUGCUGGUAGUAGAUGAAGAGAAAAAAAUUUCAAAUUCGGCAAUUGCUGAUAAAGUGGAGGAUAAGAUCGAUAGCAAUAAGUGGUUUACUAAAUCAGGUUUAGGUAAGAAGCUACUCCAAUCAUUAAGAGAGUUUGAUCAAGAUUUAGUUGAAUGGUGUUAUUCUCCGAUUAUACAAAGUGGCGGUCAAUAUGAUUUGAAACCCAGUGCACUUUCCACUGAUGCGCAGUUGGUUGGAGAUGGCAUCAUUGUGGCAUCCCUUGGUUUACGUUAUAAAUCAUACUGUUCAAAUAUUGGCAGAACGUUUAUGAUAAAUCCGACCAAGGAAUUAGAAGAAAAUUACGACUUUUUGCUAGAACUCCAGAGUCAUAUUUCCUCGAACUUUUUGAAGGAUGGAAAGAAAGGACAGGAAGUUUACAAUGGGGCUUUGGAAUUCAUAAAGGACAAGAAGCCUCAAUUAGCAUCUCAUUUUACGAAAAACUGUGGAUGGAUCACUGGAAUAGAAUUUAGAGAUUCGUCUUUCGUAUUGAAUUCUAAGAAUGAAAGAACCUUACAGAAUGGACAUAUUGUUUGCCUUACAAUUGGGUUUAAUAAUUUGAAUAAUGAAGCUGCUAAAGAUCCUAAGUUAAAAAACUAUGCAUUAUUCUUAUCGGAUACAUUCAAAGUUGGUGAAUCUGACCCUAUUUUACUAACUACGUAUCCUAAGAGUAGAACAGAAGUUUCUUUUUAUGAUGAGAGCCCAGAAACUGACAAAAAAAUAAAAUCAGAAGACUCUAACAAAAAGAAAGCAAUAAGUGACACCAACUCUAAAGUCUUAAAGUCUAAGUUGAGACAAGAAUCUACUGUGGCAGAUGAUAAUGCAAGUGCAGAAAAAGUUCGCCAAGAGAUUCAACAAAAAUUACACGACAAGAGACAGCAGGAAGGGUUGACUAGAUUUUCUAAAGCCGAUGCCACUGAUUCUUCUGAAUUUAAGCCUGUUUUCAAGAAAUAUGAAUCAUAUAUUAGGGAAUCGCAAAUUCCAAAGAGUGUGGGAGAUUUAAAGAUUCAUAUAGAUUAUAAAAACCAGACAAUUAUUUUACCAGUUUGUGGACGACCUGUUCCUUUCCAUAUCAACUCAUUUAAAAAUGGUUCUCAAAAUGAAGAAGGCGAUUUCACUUAUUUAAGAUUAAACUUUAACUCCCCAGGAGCAGGUGGAAAUACUUCAAGAAAAACUGAAUUACCUUAUGAGGACUCGGCAGAUUAUUCAUUUUUGAGAUCCAUCACACUUAGGUCAAGGGAUAGACAGAGAAUGAUCGAUGUUUUAAAAGCUAUUCAGGAUCUUAAAAAAGAUGCAGUUAAAAGAGAACUGGAAAAGAAACAAAUGGAAGACGUAGUUUCACAAGCCAACUUGAUUGAAUUGAAGGGCUCUAGGGUCAAGCGCCUAGACCAGGUUUUUAUUAGACCGCAGCCGGAUUCUAAAAAAAUUGGCGGUGUAUUACAGAUUCAUGAAAAUGGAUUGAGAUAUUUAUCGUCCUUCAAGUCAGACCACAAAGUCGAUGUGUUGUUUUCAAAUAUCAAGCAUCUAUUUUUUCAACCGUGUAAGGAUGAAUUAAUUGUUCUUAUUCAUUGUCACUUGAAGAAUCCAAUAAUAAUUGGUAAGAGGAAAACUCAAGACGUUCAAUUUUACAGAGAGGCAAAUGACAUGGCUUUUGACGAAACAGGAGGAAGAAAAAGAAGAUAUAGGUAUGGGGAUGAAGAUGAGCUACAACAAGAACAAGAAGAAAGGCGUAGAAAAGCCUUAUUAGAUAAAGAGUUCAAGACUUUUGCAGAGCUUAUUGCGGAUUCGUCUAAUGGAAUGGUCGAUUUAGAUGUCCCAUUCAGGGAGUUAGGAUUUCAAGGUGUUCCUUUUAGAUCAUCAGUUUUCUGUAUGCCUACGCGUGACUGUUUAGUUCAACUAAUUGAUCCUCCGUAUCUUGUGGUUACGUUGGAAGAAAUUGAAAUUGUUCACUUAGAGAGAGUUCAAUUUGGCUUAAAAAAUUUCGAUCUAGUCAUAGUUUUCAAAGACUUUUCGAAGCCUGUUGUUCAUAUAAAUACUAUUCCAAUUGAAGUAUUGGACGAUGUUAAGUCAUGGCUCACUGACGUUGAUAUACCGAUCAGUGAGGGUCAAAUGAACUUAAAUUGGGCAAAGAUUAUGAAAACAGUUCAGUCUGAUCCUUAUCAGUUCUUUGCUGAUGGUGGUUGGAACUUUUUAACAGGAGACGGAGAGUCAUCAGAAGAAGAUGAAGAAGAUGAAGAAUCAGAAUUCGAAGUAAGUGAUGAAAACCCCAGUGAUGAAGAUGUGGCCAGCGAGGCAGGAAGCGAGGAUGAUUACUCGUCAGAUGCCUCAGGGGGAAGUGACAGCUUCGAUGAACUGGAAGAAGGUGAGGAUUGGGAUGAAAUGGAGAAGAAAGCUGCCAGAGCAGAUAGAGAGUUUAGAGAUUAA